GUCUAUUUAACAUUUAUUAAAUGCCACCUUUUCUGUACCAGGCAUAUACAAUCAUUCAGAAAAAAUCUUUACGUAAGAUCUAAUAUAUACACAUGUUACUUGUAGAAACCAGUUUGCGAUUACACAGAAGGGUUAGGUUCGUGUAACAGUAGGGUAUAAAAACCUCACCACUAAAGUUAAGACUUCGCAGAUGAAGAGGGGUGUUCAGAUGCUGAGUCUUGCUGUUCUUAGUCUCUUGUUUGUGUGUGGGGUGAGGAGUCAGGAUUUGCAGGAUGGUAAAUGUCCUGGAGCCCCGAAUACUGUUGACUACGAUGUUCGAAAGUUAGGUGGUGUAUGGUAUGAAACCGAACGAAUACUGACGAAUUCUGAAGAUAACAGAGCGUGUGAUGUUUUUUACAUAGAACCUGCAAGUGGGUCGGACGUAAAAAUAUUUUUUUCUGCAAAAAAUCUCCGAACGGGUUUUGAAGAAGAGGGUCACGGACAAAUCCCCGACUCAAGGGGAAAAGCAGGCUCAUUUGAUCUCAAAUUUGGGUCAGAAGAGUCGAAGAAAAUAAAGUUUUACCUUGUUGAUACUGAUUACAAUUUUUAUGCCAUCUUGUGGUCUUGCCAGGAACUAGCAUCAGGUCAGCAUUCAGAAAUGACUUCUUUAUUGGCUAGAACUGUCAGGAUACCACUUUUGUUUAAGGUCAGACUCUAUAGACAUCUAAAAAAUCUUGGUGUGGAGACAGCAGAUUUUAGAACAGUACAUCAGACAAACUGUAGGAGAGAUCACUUUAAUUUAAACCACAAUAUUUCUGGAUCAUCUGAAUCAAGAUUAGUUAAACGUUAUGCUACAACUUCAGAAGAUAAGUCUGAUCCACCUAUUAAAAUCACAGAAGUCUCAUUUGAAGAACUAAGUGCUCUCAUCAAUGCCAGUGAUGUUACAUUAAUUGAUGUACGUACUCCUGAAGAGUUAAAAGAAGUUGGAAUGAUUCCUACCUCUGUCAAUGUUCCUCUAGCUGAAGUGGAGCAGGCUUUUCAGCUUCCAUCUAAUGAGUUUAAGGAAAAGUAUGGUUUUCCUUUACCUUCUAAAGAUGAUGGGAAUGUAGUGAUGACUUGUCGCUCAGGUCGUCGUGCUACUGAUGCUAUUAUAAUUGUGCGAAAAUUUGGUUAUGACAAGAGUGCCGUCAAAGUGGGGGAAAGAGAUGAAAUUAAGUAUGAUGAGCUCUCCAACUUGAUGAAAAGUGGUCAAGUGACAUUGGUUGACGUCAGAGAGCCAAGUGAACUGCAGACUGAUGGAAAAAUUCCAGGAUCAAUUAAUGUUCCAGUUUCUCAGGUAGAGAAGGCACUUCAGCUUCCUCCUGCCGCAUUUAAAGCCAACUAUGAUCGCUCCCUACCGGACAAAACCGAUGACAAAAUCGUAUUUCAUUGCCGUGCUGGAAUGAGAGCAUGCCAAGCCACAGAGGUUGCCAGAAAACUGGGUUUUACAAGUGCCCGUGUGUAUAAAGGUAGUUUUCAAGACUGGCAAGCUAACGGUGGAAAGAUCGAGAAGCAGUGAACGUACGACUUCUGCUGGCUGGAAGGGAACUUGUCUGUCAGAUGAAAAUACUGACCAAAAAUACCAAAAUUACAAGUCUACAUAUAUUUGUAUACAUUUUAAGAAUACAUUUUUACUAGUAGUAACCAAUUGUGUUACAGGGUAGCUAGACAUUUCAUGAACGAUUUUUUUUAAAUUUUAGUUUCUUGUAAUGUCAAAAAUAAACUGUGAUAUUAUCAGUAA